AUGACCUCGGAUACGGUGAAGAAUGCCAUGCUAACUGACUACGCCAGCCGGGAUGUUCGCUUUGUACAAGCAGUGAAGCUCAUCCGCGAGGAGCUCAUUUCCAUUUCGGGAUUAGACCCCCAAAAGUGGGCGUGCAUCCUGCAGCAGGGUUCUGGAUCGAUGGGCAUCGAGGCAGCCAUCUCCACCAUUUUUCCGCGCACGGGUGGGAAGUUCUUCCUCAUCAACUCUGGCAAGUACUCGGAGAAGCAGGCGUAUGUGGUGAAGAGGCUGCAGUUCCCGAUGGUGAUGCUGAAGAUGGGUGAAGGUGAGGAGCUAAAGAUGAGUGCUCUGGAAGCUAUCAUCCGCGCCAACCCUGACAUCACAACUGUGGGCCUCGUCCACCACGAGACUAGCACCGGAAUGCUCUACCCAGCCGAGCGAAUAGCAGAGGUAGUUCGCCGCGAGUUGCCCAAGGCCAAGAUUAUCAUUGACAGCAUCAGCGCCUUUGGCGGCAUCCCGUGCGACUACGAAAAUGCUUGUGACGUGCUCGUUGCCGCGCCGAACAAGUGCUUGCACAGCGUGCCUGGAAUCUCCAUCAUCCUGGCCCGCCGCUUGCUAAUCGAGGCCGCGAAGGGGUGCGCACGGAGUGCGACUCUUGACCUUAGCAUGCAGCUGAUGUCGUUCGACAGGAGUGGUCAGUUCGCCGUUACACCGCCGGUGCACGUUGUUAUGGCGCUGCGGCAGGCCCUUGUGGAGUACAAGCGUGACGGCGGCUUGGCAGGGAGGCAAAAGGCGUACCAGGCGAAGGCACAGCUUGUGCGCGAAGCUGUGAAAGCGAUGGGCUUCACGCUUUUCUUGGACGAAAGCAAGCCGAGCUGCGCCGACAUUGUGGUGUGCGUGAACAUGCCCACGGAUCCGCGCUGGAACUUCAAGAGGUUUUACACCUACCUCAACGAGCGCGGUCUCAUUAUCUACCCUGGCAAGGCGUCGCAUGCCGAGACGUUCCGCUUCGGCAUCAUUGGGCAUACUUCACUUGCCAACUGCGACCGCCUCAUGAAGUGCGCCAAGGAAGCGCUGGAAUCCAUGCGCAUUGACCACCUCCAGACAAAGAGCAACAUGUAA